ACUUUACAAUUGAAGAGACUGUCUGUGCCAAUUCUCUCAUUAAAACUAUCUUAAUGAUUGUCACUUGCAAAAAUGUCUCAGAUGAUAACAAUAUUAGGCACAUAUCUGGUGACUGCUUUGGAGUUUACUGGUUAAAAUAGAAUAUUCUUGAGCAGCGGCCCCGGUUUAAUUCCAGCCUGUGGCCCUUUGUUGCGUGUCCCUCCCUCUCUCUCUCUCCCUCUUUCACACUUAACUGUCCUGUCAAUUAAAGGCAAUGCCCAAAUGAUAUUCUCACAUUCAAAUAGUCAGUAUGUUCACCUAAUUCUUGUUUGUGAACUAAAGAGUAUUGUCUUGAGACACAAAAUUUUAUUAAAAUGUUUAAAGCUGUCUGCAUAUGGAUCAUCAGAUACAACAGAGCAAGUGAAACAAGUGCAGACAUACUGUCAAGAGAGAUUAUAUAAAGUAAGACAGAGACAUACAAUGAAAUUAAAGACCAACAAAGCAAAGCUAAGAAAAGCAAUAUAAAUCUUGGAAUACUGCACAGGCUUAAAGUGGUGGGUAUAGAGGCAAUGAGGCAAAAACAGAUUCAGCAAAUCUGUGUAACGUUAUAGCUGCAGAUAGAUGUUUACUGCAGCCUUAGAUUGAGACCAUGUGUCUGUAUAUUUAAAGAUAGUGGUGCGAUCUUAAUCAAAAACACAGCUCACCGCUCAAUCUGUUAGACGUCAGUGUGUGUACGUGCGGAAUAAAUUAAAUUGUGUCGUGGAUUUUCAUACAGACAGAUUCGGGGUUCAUGUAAGGACACUCACUGCUUGCGGUUGAUAGGCAGCCACAUUUUGGAUCUAACCGGAAAUUGUUUGGAGCUGGAGGGAAGCGCUGCCGGGAGAUGCUGCCGUCAUAAACAGGCAGAUGAAAAUACAGAAUAACCUCACUGAAACGGCCCUGACAGGGACAGUAUUCAGCUUGAACUAGUAUGGAUGUUGAUGACUGCAAUGGCCGGUCUUACAUAUCAGCUAACUCCAUUAAAGUGGAGCUGUACAGCGAUGAAGACCCAGGGCGCAGUACUGAGGAUGAACGAGGGGAGCGGGUAGAGGAAGGAGGUGCGGAGCAGGGAUCUGAGGCUGUCGGAGGCUACAGGGAGCUCACCAAUCCUGAGACCAUGCAAGCUGGAGCCACCAGACUGCCAAAUGGAAAACUCAAGUGUGACAUUUGUGGAAUGAUCUGCAUCGGGCCUAAUGUUCUCAUGGUGCACAAACGCAGCCAUACAGGUGAGCGUCCAUUCCAGUGUAAUCAGUGUGGCGCCUCCUUCACUCAAAAGGGUAACCUGCUCCGCCACAUCAAGCUGCACUCAGGGGAAAAGCCCUUUAAAUGCCCCUUCUGCAGCUACGCCUGUCGAAGACGAGAUGCACUCACUGGCCACCUUCGCACUCAUGCAGUGUCCUCUCCAACCGUUGGGAAGCCAUACAAGUGCAGUUACUGUGGCCGUAGUUACAAGCAGCAGAGCACCCUGGAGGAACACCGUGAGCGCUGCCACAGCUACUUACAGAGUCUGGAGUCACAGCAGCCAUCUAGUGCACAGAAUCCAGGAGAGGAGAUGAGAGAGCUAGAGUUUAUACCAGACUCUCUACUGCAGCCCUCCUCAGACAAGAUGGCAUUUAUCGAUCGGCUGGCCAACAGCAUCACCAAACGCAAGAGAUCCACACCUCAAAAAUUUGUAGGACAGAAGCACAUACGCCUCAACCUUGCAGAUGCACCUUAUGAGCUCAGCGCUGGUUUGGAUAAAGAUGGGGAGAUGCACGCAGGGGACCUCGAAACCCCACACUUUACUGGUCUGGGAGGAGAAUACGCAGGUGUAGCAGGUAAUGGAGGAGGAGGGGUUUCAGACACACUGAGGCCUCUACACCUUCCCACCACUCACCCUUCAUGCUUAUCAGAACUCAGGCCGAUCCACAGCUCUAUUCACACCUCCGUCGCUCUUGGCCCAAGGCUCGAUUGCACAGGGACCGGAGCUGGGCUGGGAGCUGCCGGUGUAGGCGGAAGGGAGGCAGCGGAGGGUCAUGAAGACCUGCCCGCAGGUCGCAGUCAUGCACCGUCACCUAGCAACGGUUGCCAGGACUCUACGGACACAGAGAGCAUGCCAGAUGAGCCUUGCAACAGUACCGCUCCGCCUCAAACCCUGCACAGUAACAACGGCCAUCAUCUUCAACACUCCAACAGCCACCACCCGGCGCCUCCUCCCAUCGCACACCACAGGAGUCGGGACAGACACAGUCCCAGCCACGCCAAAGACAGGGAGAUGGAAAGAGAGGACGGAGGCCACUCAGCUCCCCCACCUCCUGCCCUCGCUCCAACUCCGAGCUCACCCACAGCACCCUCCUCCACCUCUCGGGAGGCGUUUCGGGUCGUAGACGGGGAGGGGAGAGCUGUGCGCUCUUUCCGAUGUGAGCACUGCCGUGUGCUUUUCCUAGACCAUGUCAUGUUUACCAUCCACAUGGGCUGCCACGGUUUUCGCCAGCCUUUUGAGUGUAACAUCUGUGGCCACCGCAGCCAGGACCGCUAUGAAUUUUCUUCACACAUCGUCCGUGGGGAGCACAUCCUUGACUGAGGACAAAGGGUGGUCAACCUGCUUCAUCUAGAGAGAUUUUUACACUGAGACAAGGACCUGGCUGAGUUUGGUCUGCACACAAGCUGAAGGAGACACUGAUGACAUGAAACUGAUGCGAUUAUUUCAAACAUUCUCUGGUACAGUUAGUGUGUACCAGCAGGAAUGGCAAUCUCAUAUGUGUGUUUCUAAAAUUAUAAUAGUGGUCCUCAUUAUUUUUAAUGCACUUUGAAUAAUUAAUCAAUUUAAAAUGCACUUUUAAUUCAAUGUAUUCUAAAGUAGAUGAAGAGCCAAUGCACUUUUUCAUCCGCAGAUGUGCCUUGCUCCAAAAUACAGGAUUUAAACCUGACGCACAAACUACGGUAGAGAAAUCGGACUCUUGUCCAUAACCUGAAAUUGGUCCAUUCUUGUGCACUUUAACAGAGACAACACAUAAAAGCUUAAUGUGAAGUUUAUAGGCUCACCUACAAUGGAAUCUGUAGAGAUUUUAACGCCUUGUUCUAAAUGAAAUGAUUCCCUAAAUGUUCCGCAGAGUUUUUUUUUCCUACCCAGGGCUGAUUGUGUAAUAGAUUGUUUUUAUAAUUUGAAGUGAAGUGCAGACCAAACUCAAAACCCAGAUCCUCGUCUGAAUAGAUGUGUUUGANUGUGUGUGUGUGUGUGUGUGUGUGUGUGUGUGUGUGUGUGUGUGUGUGUGUGUGUGUGUGUGUGUGUGUGAGAGAGAGAGAGAGAGAGAAAGAGGGAGAACGUGACAGACUGUGUUUUAUGGAAGUAAACUGACUAAGUAAGUGGUAAAUGAAGGCCUUUGUGUGAAUGCUGUGUGGCGCGGCGUAUGAAACAUUUGUUUUUCUUUUCUAUGACUGCUUUUGUUGCACUGAUACCUGCCAGAAUACUAUGAUUAUAUUAAACUAUUUUAUGGAAUAC